AUGCGUCCAAAGUCAGUACCCAUGCAACGUCGACCACAUAAGAAAUCUCGGAAUGGCUGCUACUCUUGCAAGAGCCGACGCAUAAAGUGUGGAGAGGAAAAGCCUCAAUGUGAAAACUGCAUUGAUCUGAAACGAGAAUGCAUGUAUCCCUCCAGUCAAAUUAGCAUGCCAAAACCCGAGAUCGCUCUGUCGACGCACUAUUUCAGCCUCCGAGACCUACAAUACUUUCAUCAUUUUCUGCAAGCGGCAGUCCCUCAUCUGCCCCUCGGUAGCGGAAAGAUGUGGAACGAGGAUAUCCCACGAUUGGCUUAUCACCGUCCAUACCUUAUGCAUGCAUUACUUGGACUUGGAGCCUUCCAUCUCGGUGCCAUGUCCCUUGAACAGGAGUCAUGUCACAGAGAGGCUUUGGAUCAUCGGAUCUAUGCCAUUCAAGGGCUCAACUCGGCGAUGUCGGAAUCCUCCCAAGAAUCCAAUGAAUCGGGUGCCAUCCUGGCCGCCUGCUAUGCGCUCACAUUUCAAUCCGUAUACCUCGCGGAUGGCAUGAUUGACUUUAUCGUCUUUGUCCGUGGCUGUUAUUUGGCUGCCAACACUUUUCGCGGAGGUGGAUUGAUCACGGGCUUGCCCAACCGACACCUCGAUAUUGUUGCCCCGGAAUUGGCCCGCAUGCCCAAGGCAAAUGUAAGCGAAUUACAGCGCGGCCUAACCGGGCUAGAGCAGAUUUCGUCUCUGUUGAAGACACCCCCUGAACUCAAGUUCUACCAUGGCAUCAAAGGUGUUCUAACAGGCUUGAUGGAGUCUUCUCGACUGGGGUAUACCCGUUUUAUAUCCCUCUACGACAUGUGGACAACGCAAGAGAAUCUCGAGGCGCUAAUCAAUCCUCACAACGCCAUUAUGCAACUCAUGCUUUUCUUUUAUCUCCUGGAGUCAAUAAUGUUGGCUCCUUUUACUCCCUGGGAUUUUCCGGAAGCUUCUCUCAAUGGCGACAUCCAAACCAAAUCGUAUUGUCAAUACGAUCCGGAACCAAAAGUGCGUAAUCAUCUCCCGCAUUCCUCCAAUGGAGGCAUUUCGGCAACCAAAAUUGGAAUGAAUGCCAUGACCUUGGUUGCUUCAAGUCUCGACCCAGCCGCGUCACCGUAUCGCGCUAUGCGUAUCGUAUUCAAUACGGCCGCGAAUGCCAAUUUUGCACCGAAGUCGAAUCUCUUCGAUAAAGUCUUGCAUUACCAGGAUCGGUCCAACAUGAAAUGCGAUUUAGUAGCGGCCCGGGAGGACGAUAGCAUUGCUUGGGUCUAUUGUCCUUCAUUUGGGGCUGCUGUUUUGUUCGCCGUGCUUUUCGGCCUUUCGACGAUACUGCACAUCAUUCAAGCCGUCAAUUUUCGAAAAAAAUUCUGCUGGGUUAUCAUCAUGGCCGGUCUGUGGGAAACCGCAGGGUUUGCAGUCCGCUCAUACUCGGCGAAGCAAUUUCGGGGACUGGGACAUUUCAUUCCACAGCAGCUUCUCAUUAUCCUCGCACCACUUUGGGUCAACGCCUUCGUCUACAUGGUCGCCGGGAGAAUGAUUUACUUUCUCAUUCCCGAGAAGAAAGUCUUCGGCAUCAGUGCACAUAGACUUACUUUGAUCUUCGUGAUACUGGAUAUCUUUGCUUUUCUCGUCCAGGGGUCAUCGUCAAGUUUAAUGACCUCGGACGAUUACGACACAAUCAGGAUUGGGAUCGAUAUUUACAUGGCUGGUGUGGGUGUCCAGGAACUCUUCAUCGUCCUAUUCACCAUCCUUGCCGCUCGAUUCCAGUGGCACAUGAACCAGAUCGAACGCGUCCAUCCCGUCCGUCACCGCUGGCGAAGCCUCCUAUACCCUCUCUACGUUGCUCUAGGUCUAAUCACAGUUCGAAUCAUCUUCAGGCUCGUUGAAUACACCGACGGCGAGUACAGCUAUGUCGCGAGAUACGAGGCAUUUUUCUACUGCCUUGAAGCUCUGCCAAUGGUUGUUUCUCUGGCCAUGUUCAACGUCUGGCAUCCUGCCAUGGUGCUCGUUGGGCCGGAGAGUGAGUUCCCUAAGAGGGUGAAGAAAUCAAGAGCCGAAAAGAAGAUGGAGAAAGAGAAGGAAAAAGCACAAAAGAAUUCUAGAAAGGGCAAGGCGCGAGGUAGGGUGGAUGGGCUGGGCGCUGCUGGUGAUGCAGAUGGGAUUGAAAUGCGAAUAUAG